CUCUCUCUGCCCCGCUGCAAUAAAGGCAGAUAGCGGACCAUGGGGAGCAGGGGAAAACUUUUUAUACUGACAUGUUAGCGCAAUGACUUUUGAGUAACAUCUAACUGGGACGAGGCUCCCGGCGUGAGGAGGACAGGGUCCUUUACGGGAAGAAAAAAAGGAGCACUUUGCCAUCUGCUUGGGUACGGGAACGAAAAGCAAGACGGCCAAAGAGUUGAGACCAGUCCAAGAUUCAGCGGUGGAAAAUCCAGUUAAGCCAUUUGAAUUGAAAGAUGAGCUUGUUGUCUGCCAUAGACACGAGUGCCUCCGUGUACCAGCCUGCGCAACUUCUCAACUGGGUCUAUCUCUCUUUACAAGACCCCCAUCAGACCAGCGCUUUUGACGCGUUCAGACCCGAAACCAACUCUUCCCACCCGGAUCUCAAUUUCAGCAAGACUCCCGCAGCGGCGGACUUGAGCUCUUCCCUGAACUCCAACUAUCUCAACAACUUCUUUCAGCUGCAGCGGAAUGAGGCCUUAAACAACAACGUGUACAAGAAUGUGUCACCCUAUGGCUCCCUGAACAACAUAGUGGAUGGACUCAACUCCCUGACGGACCAUUUCUCAGAUCUUUCCCUUUCUUCAGAGCCAAGAAAACCCAACAAAAGACCCCCACCCAACUACCUGUGCCACCUGUGUUUCAACAAGGGCCAUUACAUCAAAGACUGCCCUCAGGCCAGACCCAAAGGGGAAGGGCUGACACCCUACCAAGGGAAGAAGAGAUGCUUUGGAGAGUACAAGUGCCCCAAGUGUAAGAGGAAGUGGAUGAGUGGCAACUCCUGGGCCAACAUGGGACAAGAAUGUAUCAAAUGCCACAUCAAUGUCUAUCCACACAAACAGCGGCCUUUAGAGAAGCCAGAUGGCCUGGAUGUUUCUGACCAGAGUAAGGAGCACCCACAACAUUUGUGUGAGAAAUGUAAAGUCCUGGGCUACUACUGCCGCCGUGUGCAAUAAUAAUCUUCAUUCAGUCAGAGAGCAAGUCCUAUUGUGUCCCAAGUCCUAUUGCUCAUCCUCCAUUAAGGCUGUUAUCACCACCCCACCCUGUUUCCCACGUCCCUGCCCUGCACACGACAUGGCGUCCUUUCCUCCUCAUGUCCUCCCCUCCUUCUUUCAGAAGCCUCAAGUACAGACGGUAGCUCUAACCCCUUUCUCCCUUCUUUCUGUCCCUCUCACCAACCACCUGUGGAAUACAGAUUUUAGCCUUUACACUUCUUCUUUAGAGACAGUAUUCAAGAGUACAUCCUGAAAUGAGAGGAACGUGGUAUCUUAGGAUCAGUAUCUCUCUCUCUCGAAAUUAUCUUCAUCAAAGGAAAAAGACUUGCCAAAAUCAAUGACUUUUUUUAAAUUUUUUUUUUUUUUUUUACACCUCAUGCAUCAGAAACCACAUAACCCCACCAAUGUUUAACAACAGCCAAUCAUUGUAUUGAUGAAUUAGCAACAGGCAUGUUUUUCAUUGGUGUCACUGACAGUAUUGGUCUCACUAGAUUACCUCGCCUUGGGGUUCGUCGGCUUUGUGUUUACAGAGAUCUGCCUUCCAUUUUCCUGCCAAGUGAAGUGUGUGGUAAUGUGAUGAACGUUUAACUUGGGCCUCUCAUGAUGAUAUAAUGUAUAUGAGGCCUCUGAUGUCUUGCCGUAUUAGGGUCAGCAGCACAUCUUAUUAACUGUGAAUUAACUGAGGGACAAUGUGCCAUACAUCCCUAGCUUACAUUUGGCCUAUUUAUUUUCUUGUCAUCUUGUGUGCAAUUUGAGUUUUAACUGGGACAUAAAGAGAUGUUUUUUGUAUGUUUGUACAUCACAUUAUUGUGUUACUGCUUCCAUGUGUCUUUAGAAACUACUGUAGGUUCAGUUGCGUAGAUUCGCUCCUUGUUUAAACUUAGCAUGUUGCUAACAGAUAAGGUUUCAUUUACCCCCCUAGUAUUUUUGUUGCCACACAAAUUCUCACUUUUCUUUAUAUGUUAGACAAGUUGCAUUUAUGUCAAUUGCUUGACAUAAACACAACUCAGAAGGAGCUGUAGGAAAACAAUAUUUUCAGUAAAAAUGAUUUUGCCUUUCGUACAAUUUCUUUAAAGUGUCUAUUCAGUUUUCAGAGCAAUGAAAAAAAAAAACUGACUGCUUGCCACAAUUUGCCAUUCACAUGUACAGCCUGAUUAGAUUGAUUUUAAAUACAAUUUAGUAAAUACAAAAGGUAAAUGUCUGCUUGAAGGAGAUUCAGAAAAAUGUCGGAGUUCUUAUUUAGCACCAGUUGAUUUCUUGCAGCCACUAUGGAGCUAAAUGGAAACUUUUCCAGCAGCUUGCACCUUUCAAAACUAUGUCCAAGAGCAAAUUGCAGUGUGAAGAGUGUCUAGAGGGAGUUGAAGCUUUGGAGAACUACAAUGAUUUUCAGGUUGGCUGACAGAAACAAUAGGAUUUAACAUGGAAGGGUUGAUUUGUGAUUCAGGCGAUGCUGAAGAUGCAAGGAUAUAUGGAAAGUGAUGAUUAAAUUAUGUUUACACUUAUUGUCAUUUUUAUGAACAUAAGUGCCUACUAUUACAGACCAAUGUCUUUAAAGAAAGAAAAAAACACAUCCUGUUUACAGAUGUCAUCGUGCAGACCUAAAGCACUACAGAGGAAAUUAAUGCAGUUUUGACGAAACCUGCCUUUCAAGGAACCUUGAUAUAGGAAUUGUGAACUAUUUUACAUGUACUGUAUUUCUAGCCAUAUAAAAGCUGGUUGACUAUAUUUUAUACUGUAAAAUACUGUAUGUGCCUUAAAAAGAUUUUAAUCAUUCUGAAGUAUCAGGACUUGGAAGCAAUUUGAAAUUGGGAAAAGAUGGAGAUGGACUCAAAGAUGGAGCAGCAUACGUGCAUGUGUUAGCUGUAAUGCAUAGGAAGUUAAAUGCAGGUUCAAGAUGUGACAAAGGACAAGAAAACGAUACAGUUCCUCUAUUGGCAGUUUGAACUGGCAUUGUGGGUGUUCACGCAGUUUGCUGGGUUGGAGACACGGGCUGAAACAGCAUUUCCAGCUGGCAAUAACAAUCCUACUGUGGUCUGUUGUCAAGGAGUAUCAACAAAGAUGUUAUUUCUUAGUCAGUCACAACAGAACAGAGUCGCACAUGAAACUGUGGACCUCACUUUGUUUUUUUUAUCUAUUGUAGUUGUGUUUAUCCAAGGAACUGUGGGUUUGUCAAAAAAUAUACAUGGUUACUUGCCUUAGUGGGAGAGUUUUCAGUGGCUGAUAAUGGUACCUUACAGUUUUGAGAAAUUUUGUCAAAUUCUGUCUGUGGCGUUAAAGGGGCACUCCAUUGAUUUAGUAUUGCAAUCCCCACAAAGUUGGGAGGCUUGCAAGAGACACUAAACAACAGAGGCUGAGCUCUUCUGACUUUUAGCUUCUGGUAAAAAAAAAAAACAAAAAACAAAAACAAAAAUGCUAGAUCCUGCAUUUCCCAUAAUGCAACUCCACAGCAUCUGACAUCAUCAGGGUUAUGUUUUUCCUCAUAUCUGACAAAGCUCCUGCAGAGCUACAGAAGACAUUAUACAGCUGUGUUCACAGUCUGAGUAGCACUCCCUGUACUGAGUAAAUUCAGUUUCAACUGUUUGUAAAAGUUUUGGAGUGCCCCUUUAAAAGAAGGAACUCACAGUUGUCUGUAUAUUCUCGCAAGUUAAACUAAAUGCAAGAUUCUCCUUUCAGCCCACCACUGUUGGUAACAAUACAUUUUUAUUACUGUUACCAUAGUUCUUCUUUUGCUCUCUGUGACAACACUAACCGUAUUGUCCACGUCAUACUAUGUGGCAGUAGUGAGAGGAAUAGAUGCAAAUGAUGCCUUGUGAACUAACCUCAUAAACAGGUAACAUUAUUGUGAUUCAUAGAGUUCUGGCAGAGUAGACAUGAGAAAUCCUUUUCAAGAAUUUGAUUCCACCCAGAUACAUGUUAUGAGGAGGCCAUUUUAAAUGGCAAAUCAAGAGCCAAUGGAAGCAAUUGAUAGAAUACUUUUGCGGAAAAAAAAAAGAAAAAAAUUCUGCUUUCAGACGUAAUGUCUUGAACUACAUAUACUUGACUUUUCUAGUACCUUUUCAGUUCAUUUUUUUUCUAUGAAUGAGAUGUGUAUUUUGGAACACUUAAUAGAUGUUGAAAAUUAUAAAGCAAUCUGCAAAAGUCAAGAGUUAUUUCCCUGACAAAGAUAAGACUGUUUUAUGUAUAUAUUUGAUGGCCAUCAUUUUUUCUUUUAAAGUGUUAUGCAUUAUUGAAGCUUUUUGUGUUCGAAGAAGGGCCUAUUGCUGAGAAUUAAACAAAGCUGGGAGUUUUUGUUUUUCUUUUAUGUUUUACAAUAAUCUGAGGAGUUAUCCUGCAGAAAUAUUUAUGGAAAAAAUUUUUUACAACACUUUUUGUAUAGAAUAUGCAAGAUACACUAAGAAGGAAAUAUUGAUGUCUACAUAGAAUAUUAUUAAAAAAGCUGGUACAUAAUUAAUACCCUUUCUCAAGUACAAGCCAUUGUGUUUUUGUGUUUUGUUUUAUGAUGUUAUCAAUAUUGAAUAACCCACAAUGUUAUUCAGUUGCUAUAUGUAACUAAUUUUGAGCUGCCAUUUACAUCCAUACAGUAGCAUGUAUUAAUUUUGUAAACAAUAUUAUGAAGAUAUAUUAUGUUAACAUGCAGAAAUCUUUUCUUUUUUUCUUAAUUAGUGACGGAUACUCACCACUGUAUAAGCACAUUAAACUGUGAGAUGUAGUUUGCUAUAAGCAGCAAUGACAAGAAACUAUUAUACAAUGUUACAGUGUUAUUAGUAGCUUAGGGAAUGUAUACUUUUGGUCAAGAAAGUGUGUGUGACAAAGAACUAUUUUAGAGUUUGCAUGUGCAUGUGUUUGGUUUUGAAUGAACUAUUAUGUUGUGCAAUGUAUUACUUAUUUAAAUACUUUACAGUAGUUUGCUACAGUACAUAUUUGUUUUGAACAUUAUCAGCAACUUCUGAUUGUUAUUAGUCCCUAAGUAAUUCAUUUACUGCUAGCAUAGCCUCUAUGAAUAAUACAUAUUUACUGAAUGUAAUGCGUUAACACUUUAUGUGGUCAAUUUGGAAAGUUGUGUUUGUAUUCUUUACUGUCUGUAUCACUUGACCUGUUCAUAAUGCAAUAUUGCAAUAACAUUUGAAUUGGACAGAACACAGGCGUGAGGUGGGGGGCGGGGGGGGGACAAUGAUCUUGGGAAACAAGAACCGUCAUGGUUUUGAGAGUCAACCACAGGUCUGUUUUUCAUGUCCAUGAAACGGCAUUCCAAAAUGUGCCUUAUUUGUUAGUUGGGAAAACAUUGUAGUGCUUUAUUGCUGUCGAGAGUUUGAUGAAUAAAAGUCAUAUUGGAUUAAAA